AUGGUGACGGCGUGCCUAUUAGCUGUCCUGCUGGCUCUUUCUGGCCUGUUUGCGGAAGAAUUGUCACCUGAUGUCACUUGCAGUGAGGAAAGCGUGAAGGCGGCGGCGAGCUUUGCUGUCGAGCACAUCAACAAGCAUCACAAGCACGGCUUUAAGUUCAAGCUGCAGGAGGUCCAGAGUAGCAAAUAUCAACAGUUUUCUGGUGGUUGCCAUAUUGGCGUGAACAUAAAGCUGGUGCAGACAAAGUGUCACUUCACCAACCCCAAACCUCACCAAGAGUGCCAAUUGUGGCGAAGGGACGAGCGGGGUGCGACGGCCUCCUGCAGCGUGGAAUUCUGGGUCAUGUGGGACGUUGCCAAAAUCACCAAAUAUGACUGUACCACACGACCAGAGCGUACCAAUGAUGAGAUGCAGCUGAUUUGUCCUUCCUGCCCCAAAUUGUUACCUCUGGAUGACCCGAUUGGAGUCAGAGCGGUGGAGCAGGCAGUACACCGCUUCAACCAGAAGAGCAGAGAACAAAGUUACUUCACCCUAUUGGAAGUGGCUCGGCUGACUCUCUGGAACGUGGCGAGUGUCGGCAAAGUUACCUGGCUCAAAUUUGCUCUGGUGGAGACCAUGUGCCCCAGAGAGGUCAAGAACACACGGACCUGCACUCCUCGCUGCCCGGACAGAGCUCAUCAUGUGUUUUGCCAAACUGCCUACUUCAACACAUACAAUCAAGUAGGAGAACUAGAAUGUGACAUCUAUCCACCAAAGAAUUUGGAGCCACUGCCAGAAGGUGAGGCGGAACCUGUAUGUGGUCCUUUGUUCCACCAGAGUCCGGAAGCUUGCGUUUGCAAGGCAAAGCUGAAAAAGCCAGAGUUGUCUGUCCACCACAUUUGUCCCUUCCCGCUUAAGUGA